GGGGGUUACACUUCUCACAGUGGAAAGCUGAAGUGCCCUUUACGCACAGGCUCUCGUCCAUCUAAAGCCACGGUCGGAAGACUUGGAAACAAUUACUGCGCGGUAGUAUGGCAGAGGAAAUCCUCAACGAUUCCUUCCUAGAUCUGACAGAAGUGGAAAACAAGGUUGGCAGUAAAACACCGGAAAGUCUUCUGAUUUGGAUGAGGGAUGCUGCGGACUGCGAAGAUGGUUGGAGGUCUGAUGUGGUCGACAGGGGAGACCGCAGCUCUGCCUUCGCCAGUAGCUUUUCUGACAAAAUGAGCAACUUAAAACAAGAUAUGAGGUGGCUCCGUUCUGCCGAUGUAAGGAUCCUGCGCCAGCUGGUGGCGGUGCACGAUGGUAUCGAGGCCAUGCGUUGGAUGAUGGAGGAGCGGGGUGCCCUAGCCAGCCAUGGCAGCAGCUUAACAGGCAGCCUGAGCAGCCUGGUGACAGUGGAGGAGCAAGGGCCCUUGAUGUCCUCCUGCAGAGAAAGCCAGAGUCCGACUCAGGAUUUGACUGAAACCACCUCUGGUGAAGAAUCAGCAGAUCACCCACCUCACACUGGGGAUGGUGAUUCAAACAACAAGAGCUACUUUGACAGAAUCCCUGAGUCUUCUGAUGCAAGACCCCUUCGUCCUUCCAGGCAUGGGGGGCCAUCAUCUAGUGCUGCCAGCGGUUUUGUUAGUGCCAAAUUACAAAAGUCACAACCACAGGACUCAGGUGUAGCUCCACUAAAUGACAUCAAAGAUGGUGCUAACAGCAUUAGAAGAGCUCUUAUGAGAUCUAACAGGACAAGAAGAGUAGUGAAAGCGGACAAUGGUAGUUUUUCCCUCACUAAACAGUCAGGGGAGACACAUACAGAGCAUCAAACUCAGGAGACUUUCAGAUCGUUUCAGCACAAUAAGGUAGAGGAAGAGAGGGUCCAUAGUAGAGAGACGGCUUUGCUGGCCUAUGAUGCUCAGUGGUGCUGGGUGGAGUCCCAGGACGAUGUGAUGUUUCUAUGAUCUUCUAUAUGCAUAAUUUAAAUUUAUGAUAUUUGGUUUGAAGCUUUUCCCUUCAACAGUUUAAAAUGCACUUUGACACCGAUGAACAAAUGAUGAAUGAUGCUUAAAGAUAAACAUUUUACUGCCUCUUUCUCCCUACUCUUUGGCUUUUGAUUAGGAUGUAUGCUGUUUGAUGUGUGUUUUUAAGGAGUUCCAAAAGACAAGAAAAAAAAACU